AUGGCUAAGCUUAACAUCUCCUGGUCGAAUGUGAACAGUGAGAGGGAUAUAAUCAAAGCGCUAAUGUGGAAUCGAUGGAUACUACGAAUUCUCGGAAUCUGGCCAUUGGUCUAUUCGAAUACUACAACGAUCGAAAAGAUAUUAGCGACGAUAUUAUUCGCGUUAUGUUGGUCCGCGCUCAGUUUUCUUCUAAUUCCCUUGAUCAUUUUUACGCUGUCAGAACGAACAACUAUAUAUGAAAAAAUUAAAUUGCUAGGUCCGCUAAGCUACGUGAUAAUCGCGACGCUAAAAUAUUUUUUCCUGGUGAUUCAUCGCAAGAAUAUACGGCAAUGCAUUAACAUGCUAAGUACCGAUUGGCGUGCAGUCCAUCAGCAGAAUUAUCGAAAAAUUAUGAAUAAAAACGUGACAAAAAGCCAUAUGUUAUCCAAGUUUUGUAUAAUGUUCAUGUAUUGUGGAGGCUUAAGUUUUCAUACCGUAAUGCCAUUUCUGACACACACUACAAUCGACGAGCAGAAUGUCACUGUUAAACCUAUACCUUACCCCGGCUUCGAUAUUAUUUUCGACUUGCACUUUACGCCAGCCUAUGUAUUUGUAUUUUGCGCACAAUGGUUUUCCGGUAUCGUACUGUUCAAUGUCACCACGGCAGUGUGUUGCUUGGCAGCUAUGUUUGUAGCUCACGCUUGUGGCCAAAUCGAGAUAGUGAUGGCUCGUGUAGAAAAUCUUGUAAAAAAUGUACAAAAUAGUCGUAUGAAGGAACAUAUGGCAAUUAUAGUGAAACACCACAUGCAAUUUUGCAGAUUUUCAGUCAGUAUUGAUAAUAUUUUACGCGAGAUAUGUCUGGUUGAAAUAGUGGGAGCAACGUUAAAUAUAUGUCUGCUGGAAUAUUACUGCCUCAUGGUAAUAUGUAAAAAAUUUCAACAAUAA